AGCUGCCAGUGACGAAGGUGUUGGUGUCGCCGAAAUCCGAAGUGCUGGGGGGUUUCCAUCGCACUGUCUUGACCUUCCUGGAGACAUAUUUUUUGGAGACGCUCGACGAGGAAAUUGAAGCUGACCCCGCCAUGCCGCCCGUACAGCGAACGCUCGACUACCCCGCCGUUUGCGUAGAGCCAACAUGGCUCGAGUGGAGAGGCCUCAUGUCGUGUGUUGAGAUAUUUGGGUUCGUGUUGAAUGAGACGCUGUGUCGCACCAGCCGGAAGAGGAAGCACGACCCAGUCAUGUUUUCAAGGAUAUCAGACGCACUUCAGGCUGCAGCUGAUGUGGUUGCUCCACCAUGUCCACGUGUUGAAGAUCUACGCUACCACUGGACGCAGUUGUCAAUCAUAUGCCAGCGAUGUCAGCACAACGAGGGGCAGACACCAGCCAUCGAGGAGACACAUGUCCCAAGACACUUGACACAGAUGCUCAAGAUGUUGGUGGCUGAGGAGAGGGAGCAACGUGUGGGUGGGCCAUUGAGUCCGUGCAUGGAAUAUCUGGUACAGGAAAAAGUGCUUGCCACCUUGGCCUCCCAUGCCAGGGCUGAUCGUCCCCUUGGGAUCCGCCAGCAUGCGUAUGUUUUCUUGGUUGGGGUGCUGAACCAUCUCCACCAUUCCCAUCUGCAUCAUGGUCCUGUGCACAAGCCGCUCCAGGUGAUGGUGAAAGCUAGCUGUGAAAUGAGAGCAUCACCCUAUGAGCACGAAGAGAUGGAAUUCCUGUCUACUCUUUGUGAAAAAAUACGACAAGAUAGUAGUAUCAUCCUCUUGUAUAUUCAGCCAAUAGCAAUAACUGGAGGAGUCCCCAGUGGAUUCACACCUGAUGACAGCUUCCCUCCAACCCCUACACAUGAAGUUGCAAAUGGUACAUCUGUUGAUGAACAGAAUUCAUCAGCUGGGCAGAAAUCACAACCAAAGUUUCCUCUUGUGGAUGCCCUAUUGAACAUGUGUCAUAGUGCAGAUUCUCGCAUCUCUUCUAUGGCUCAUGACUGCCUUGUGUCAGUGGCCAGUAUUAGACAAGGACAUAGUAGUUCAACAAUAGCAAGACAUACCCUCCUCCCUCACUACUUGGCAUCACGACUGGUUACUGCAUCUGAUGCUAUUCCCAAGGAAACAGAGCCUGCCUUGAUAGAGGACAUUCCACUAACAGAGAGAAGCAAAGGAGAGGCCUUGGAAGGGAGCGAUAGUGAAGAGGAAGAUGAUAUAGGAGAAUUUCCAGGGAGAAGAGAAGUGAUUGCUUUCUUAAAUUGGCUAACAUUCUGUGAUAAGUUUGUAGGUGCAUGCGAUGGCACUUUAGGUUCAAGUAUCUGCAGUACCAUAAGAGAGGUGUUCUUAGAAGGUGUCCUGCGUGGAAUGCUGAAUAAUGAAGAUGAGGAUACAAUAUCCCUUUACCUGGCAAUCACAGCCAAGAUCAUCACUUCUGUUUCAUCACCGCUCCUUGUUAACAGUACAAUAUCUUGGUUGAGUGAAGAUAGUGAGGAGUUAGAAGGAGAGGAAUGUGCCAUGAGACACCAUUUGAUGAAGCUGUGUCAGCAACCUCCUCACCACUUACAGAUACAGGCCUUGAGAUUGCUACAGGUUAUGAUAGAGAAACCAGGCAGUAUGGCAGUACAAUCCUUGGUGCUGAACUAUGUCAUGACGCGAGGCUAUCAUGACUCUUCUGCCGCUGAACACCAACAAAGCUCAUGGUCAGAUGAAGAAGAUGAAAGAUACAAACAUAGAGAAGGCGAGACUUCUCCAGGAUCUGUACCCAUCAGUAGGACUUUGGCUCCUACUAACAUUAACAAAAUAGUCAAAAGGUUUUUGAUGGUUGUACCUGAAGAAUUACGCUCCACCAACAAAGAUGACUUUGAGAGCUACAUGGCAGAUGCUGAACGGCAGUAUAGAGACGUGUGUCGGUCUUGUGUCUCCUUUGGCUGGCCACGAGAGGCAGUGACACCUGAGUGUCCAUCUGACUCUUCUUCUACUGCUUCCCGUGAAUCUCGACCUGAGGCAGAAGGGAGCAACUUUUACGAGGGUCCUCUCUUGCGCAUGCUAAUGGACUUCCUGGAGCACUUACCUGAUCAGGACUAUGACAUCAAUCUCCAAGUGACCUCAUUAGUGGCUACCUUAGCUCUACUUCCACACCCACACCUGCACGAAUACCUCCUCAACCCGACGGUAACUUUGUCGGAAGGUGUGAGAACCCCCUGCACCGUGCUGUCCUCUGUGGUAUCCAAGAUCCAUCAGCCAAUAGUAGAACGUGAGGAUUAUGUUGAUCACUUGAAGGUCACCAGGUAUCAGCUCCUUGGAACCAUGGAAGAGUUUGACUUUGAAAGAGAUGAUGAUGAUCGCAAAUUUGAAGCUUUAAUUGUGAUUGAAGAAUUUACGAAGGAACUAGCAUCCAUAGCAUAUGCCAAAUACAGAACAGAAUGUCACGGAUAAAGUAAGUACCUGGUGCCACUGAUGAUUGAAAAGCAGAAGACCUAGACUUUAUUAGCUUCAGAAAUAGUUUAUGUGAUAAAUGAAAUGGUCAAGUGAUCUUGUUAUAUUUUUCUCGAAGUCUUUGGGCAUUGCUGAGGACGUUAGGUGACAUGGUAUGGUGUUGGUGAUGAGACACUAGUAUGUAUGGUUGGAGUUGCUUUGUUAUGCUUUAUUAAUCAGCAGUGGUUUUGUGACCAGAUAUAUAACUGCAACCUAUGAAUGCAAACUGCUGGUACUUGCAAAGCUAAUUCAUCAUCUUUGAGUGAAUAUACCUGAUUUUGAUAGUUUAUUACAAAGCAUAUUGAAUUUGCUCCUUCAGGUAAAUUACAAAGAUGGGUUCAAAGCCAUAUUAUUGAGUUUCCAAUUAGUGAGAUGGAACUGUGUGUUUGGAGCUAGUUCUUAAAAAAAACUUUCAUUGAUAUUAGGAUAUUAACAAAGGUGUUUCUAAUUUUGUUUUAGAAGAAAUGGCUCAUUUAUGUAACUUUGUUCUUUGAUAAUACAUCAUAUUUGCUUCUGAAUAUUAUAAUUGCUAUUUAUUUGUCUAAAUCAUAUUUCUCAACUGUACUUCAUUAAAGAUAUUUAUAGCC